GGUAAAAAGGCACAAAAGGCGGCUUAAAAAAGCAAUUCGGAAUGAAACCCGAGUGACGGGAUGAGAUUCUUCCCUCUAAUAAAGACUUGACCGCAGACUCUUAUUCCACACUUUUAUCAUAUAAAACUUUUAGUAUCAGAGCAUCACAAACACAAGGUGACCCAAGAACAGAAAAGCGUUCUAAUGGCGGAUUACAAAAAUGUUUCAAAAUUGAACUCUAUUGAUCUUUCCUCCCCCCAUAUCCCUACCUCCGUAUCUUUACUCAAACAGGCUUGCAUAGAUUCCGGUUUCUUCUACGUAACAAAUCAUGGAAUCAGUGAGGAAUUUCUGGAUGAAGUUUUUGCGGAAAGCAAGAAGUUCUUCGAGCUUCCAUUAGAGGAGAAAAUGAAGCUUCUUAGGAAUGAGAAACACCGAGGCUACACUCCUGUUCUUGACGAACUCCUUGAUCCCGCCAAUCAACUCCAUGGUGAUCACAAGGAAGGAUUUUAUAUUGGCAUCGAGCUUCCUGAAGAUGACCCUGAAGCCCAAAGAACAUUUUAUGGGCCAAAUUUAUGGCCUGAUUCAGAUAUCUUGCCUGGAUGGAGACAAACUAUGGAAAAGUAUCACCAACAGGCUUUGGAAGUAGUUAAAAAAAUUGCAAGGCUCAUUGCCCUUUCACUUGAUUUAGAUGCCGAUUUUUUUGAAAAACCAGAAAUGCUUGGAAAACCGAUUGCAGUCUUACGCUUGCUGCAUUAUGGAGGUCAAGUAUCUGAUCCUUCGAAGGGAAUUUAUGGAGCUGGUGCACAUUCUGAUUAUGGUUUGAUUACUCUCUUGGCAACCGAUAGUGUUUCUGGACUCCAAAUAUGCAAGGACAAAGACGCGGAGCCUCGGGUGUGGGAAUCUGUUGAACCGUUAAAAGGAGCUUUUGUGGUAAAUCUUGGUGAUAUGUUGGAACGAUGGAGCAAUUGUAUUUUCAGGUCAACAUUGCAUCGGGUGUUAGGCAAUGGUCAAGAGCGAUAUUCUAUUCCAUACUUUGUGGAGCCAAGUCAUGAUUGUGUUGUUGAAUGCCUGCCUACCUGCCAUUCAAAACAAAACCCUCCCAAGUUUCCUCCAAUCAAAUGUGAAACCUACCUUCUUCAACGAUAUCAGGACACUCAUGCUGAUCUUAGUACAUAUAACAAACCCUAAUUUUGACUGCUUCUAGUGCUAAUCAAUGGGUUUGCUCUUGAUUUGAUGUUCUACAUUAUGGAAUACAAGUUUCAGCAUGUAGAAAUUAACCAAGUUGUUGUGUCAUUACUCAUUGCUUAUGAGAAAGGGUUAUAGUAAUAAAUUCUACAAUAAACAAGGGAAAAGGUGAAAUCAAAUCCAUAUGAGAAAAGCUCAACUUUCAUUACAUGAUGUAUGGGCACUAUUACAAGAUAUAGUUACUUAACAUAUAUACGCAAUGAUGAUGAUUGGAUUUUUGUUGUUCUUUUUUGUUGUAUUGAUGAGCUGGUUGUUGAAACAUGUGAUUUUAAUUGGGCCUUAGUACUUUGUUUUUGGCGACUUUGAGUGGUUUUCAUCUUACUUUAGUAUUUUUUUUAUUUGUAGUGUUAGUAUACACAUUUGUAAUCAUGUCGUUUGGGUUUCUCUCUGUGUUCACGUAGCUAAAUCCUAUCAAAAGAAUGUUAUCGUAACAGACAACUUUAAGGAGGUAAUUGAAGAGUGCAAACAACUCCCUCUUUAGAUAGCACCAAGUGUGGACCAUAAUAUUUAGUGGCUAAAUUUUUGACUAAUUUUAUGUUAUGCUCCACGGAAGUUUGUCUAUAUGGCUGCGAUUUUUAAAUAGACC